CAACUUUCAAUCAAGAUGGCGGCAUCAUAGAAAUGUGUAUUGCAUUGAAAUGAAAACAAAUCGAUCAAAGCUAUUGAUAUAAGACUGAAUCAAUUAUCAGAUCAAACAAACCUUUUGUUUGUAAUGUGGUGUAAAUUUUUAAGCAGAUGAACAGAUAAUCUUGCCAGUUGAAGUUGAGGACAGAUAAUCUUGCCAGUUGAAGUUGAAAACAGACAAUCUUGCCAAGAUGUCGAUGAAUUACGUGGGGAGUAUCUCCCUGAUGGACAAGGGAGAUUAUGACCGAGGAGAUUCUCCAGCUCAGGCCGUCUUAGAUAAAAAUGCUCGGUCUGUCGCCCAACGAAUCGCUGAUGAAACCAGGGAAGAAUUGGAGAAGGUUUUAGAACGAGUAGAACAUAUCUAUGAUUCCUAUGAGAACAGUAUGGAGUUAAUCUUCCAGACACAACACAGUGCUAAUAUGGAAUAUGUAAAUGAUAUUAAUGAACUUGAAGAGAUAAUGAAAGAUCAGAUCAAGAAGAGAAAGUAUCAACAAGGACUGACGAUAUUUAUUGUUGGUUAUGAGAAUGUUUGUGGCCAGAGGUUAAAACUUCUACAAAAUGUGAAUGAGUUCUUCAUGGAGAAUUCUAAAAGUGUUGAAGAGGAAGACUGGUUCCCUAAGACACCAGAUCUAGAUCUGGACGAUGCUGCUGAGAAUAUAGACCAGUCUUUAAAUAAAGCAGAAGAUCUAGCCAAUCGUCUGGGAGAGAUUAACCAGGAAAUGGUUAAUUGGCUAUCUAAUUAUGCAAUAAACAAAGCAUCAAGCAAAGCAUUAGCAUUUGUAGAUGCAAAGGGAAAAAAGAAGUUAGAGAAAGCUCUAGAGAAGGCAAAGGAAGAUCUGGGUUCUCUGUCGGAAAAACUCCAUAACUUACAAUUAGAUUUGGAAGACAAAGAAUCCAAAUACCAGGAUUUAUUGAAAAUGUUAGAGAAUAAAAAUCUGGAAACUCAAAAGUAUAAAACUGCAGCAGAGAUCGCUAAGAAAAAUGUGACGGAAUUAGAGAUUGAAAAUGCCGUCAUGAAAGAGGACCUUGAGAAACGAAAGAAUUUCAUGAAAGAUUUACAAAGAAAACUGAAUAGAGCAGAAAAUGAACUCUCCCAAAAUGAUAUGUUGAAAGACAUUCAAGCUAAUCAAAUAUCUGAUCAAUAUCAGGAGACUCAGUCAAUGGAGGCACUCACAGCUAAGAAAAAGAUACAGGAACUUCAAGAGACGGUUGACAAGAAUAAAUCUAAAACAGAAGAAGUUAAGAGGGAAAUAGAGAAAUUUCAUGAGACACAGAUUGUAGCCAUAACUCAAGCUCAUGCUGCUGAAGUAGACGCAAUGAAGAAUGAAUAUGAGGAAGAACUGAAGAAAGCCAAGGCAGAAAGUGGCGAAAUACAGAAAAAAAUAGACGAAGCUGAGCAGGCUGCGAAAACAGCUGAGGAAGAGGCAGAUAGCCUCCGUCAUAAUCUGAUAGAAUUACAGCUCCGAGCUGCCUCUGCCGAGACAAGAAAUAGUGAGUUAGCAGACUUAGAUGAGGAUCCUUCUAGGCUCAAUUCACAGCAGGACAGUAGACCUAGCACAAAGAACAGUAGACAGUCUAGCAAGGGAAAGCCACUCCCUACAAAGUCUCCUAAACGGGAUGGAAAAUCCGGGAAAGAUUUGGCCGAUACUUCAAUGCAGGAUGAAGGUGGUGACCCUAAUACAGCCCACGUAGAGACGAGACAGAGUAAGAAAAAUAAAUCAUCCCUGGAACCAUUACGUGAGGGAGAAGUUACAGAAUUUACAGAUCAGUAUGAUCUUAAGGAUAAUGAUGCAUGGGCUACCCUUCCAUUGGAGCAGAUGCAGAGUAGAUAUAUACAGUAUAGAAAACUGACUAAGGAAAGAUUGGAGGAACUUGAAGAUCAGCUAGAAGUGACCGUGGCUAAAACACAGAGAAAGGUCAACAAUCUAAAACAUCAGUUCCAGGAACAUAAAAAUAAAUGGGAAUCUGAGAGAAAACUUCUUAUAGACCAAGUAGAACAGGCCCAGAAGUUACAGACUGAGGCUGAGAAAGAGGCUGAUACUGCCAUGGGUCAACUUGAGGAAUUCAUCAAUGAACAGGAAAGAUUGGAAGAUGAGGAGGAGGGUAAGCGUACUGACAUUGUCAAAGCUGUUACACGACCUUCAAGAAAGAAAUCACCUGAUGAAGCAGGUGACAGAAAGUCAGUUUCAUCAGACACACAGACACAGAAAGAACCUGAAGCAGCAGAACCACAGUCUUCUACAGAACGUCCCUCAGAGGAACAUACAGAACCAGAAUUAUCCAGACUGCUACAGCAGACAGAUGACGCAAAGUCCCAGAGGCAAAAUUCAGAAUCUGUCAGUGAGCUGGACUCAGAUAUAGCUCCUUGGUUGAAGAUGAGCAGCGAAGAUACACGUAAUAAUACAGAGGUAUUUGAUAGUCCAGACCUUAAAAUGAGGUCUAAACAGAGUUACAGAUCACGUAGUGAACUAAGACGACCCGAGAGUGAGCGUACUCCAAUGGAGAGGAUUUCUUCGGAGCCGAGGAAUAGGAUCAAAUCAGAGCAAAGUGAUCAGAUUGUCUCUGAUGUUUCCCAUGGCAAUGACUUUGACGAAAGAGAAGAAGUUAACCUUGAUGCAGAUGUAGAAAUAUAUACAGACGACCAUAAAUCAUCACAGGAGGCAUCAGUGUCACAGAAAAGCUUGAAGUCAAGGAAUUCUAGAAAUCGUUCAUCUAUGUCCAGAAAGAGUUUGUCUACAAGAGGGUCUUUAAAUGAAGUGGAAAAUCUUGAAUCAAAAAAAUCGUCAAGGUUUAGUUCUGAGGAAGCCAUAUUAAAAUCUGGACAAAAAAGUAGGUCAUCAACAAAGCACGGCUCAAAUGCUAAAUCCCGUAGAAGUUCACUGAAGGGCGAUGACGGGAGAACAAAUAGCAGUUCUUUAAAGGUGGAAGAGGCUGAUGGAUCAAAAUCUCGUCGCAGUUCACUUAACCCCGGUGAGGUGGAAAGGGUCACUUCAGGUAAAAGUUCUGUUCUACCAGAAGGAGAUCAACCAAUACAGUCCAAAUCACAACGAAACUCCCCUCUUAAAGAAGAUGUAGAAAAAUUGCCAUUGAUCGAUUCAAGACGUGGCUCAUUGGUAUCAAGAACGUCGAACAUCACUGACAUUUUCCCUGCUGAAGAUUCCGAUGAAGAUAUUGGUGAUGACUUUCAUCGUCAAGUACAAAGUCGUGGAAAAUCUCAAAUAUUAAAACGUAGUCGUAUCGUUGAUGAUGAACCAUUAAGUGGAAGAAAAACUGCCCCUCCUUAUUCUAAACAGGUCCAAGAAAUGAACUCGCGCAUCACAGGAGCGAUGUCAGCGCCACCUGCUGUAGAGGAUGGCGUGGAAGUGACAGACAAGAAAGGUUUAUUACGGACAAGGUCAGGAGGAUCGAGGUCAAGGUCACCAAGACCAGGAAGUUCUGACAAGGUAGAAAAUGCACAAUCAUUACACCCUCUGUCGUCAGCAUAUGCUAUUGAGGAAAUCUCUGAAGGUCAUAGUUCAAAUUCUGGGUCACCACUGUCAGAUGGUAGUAGAAGUAAUAAUUCUAAGUCAAAUCCAAGGUCAAAUACAAGGUCACCACACAUUAAUACCAGAUCAUCACCUUCACAGCAAGAUGGAGGUCAUUCAAGGUCAGCAUGGAAUACUCCGAGAGGAGAAACACAUUUGGCAUCACGGGAAAGAUCAGCUAAAAGUGAUGCAUCAUCCAGGAAAGGAACAUCUCCAAAGUAUUAUCAAAUGUCACCUGAUAAUUUUGAGACACCCCCUAGAAGUGCUGAUUCUAUCAGAAAGGUUGCCUUAUCCAGAUCUGAAUGGCUUGAAGAAGAAGAAGACGAAGAAGAAGAAACACCACAACAACCUUACACCUCUCCGGUGAAAUCACUACCUCAACAGAAACCUUACACCUCCCCAGAGGUAUCUGUCAAAACUCUACCUCAAAAUCAGGCAGAGGCUUUAGACAAUGUUAAUCAGAUGAUUACACAUGAAAAGUUAUCCUCAUACCAAACAAGGGCAUUAGACUCCGUUAGAAUGGCAUUACAACAGAUCAAUGAAGAUCAAGAAAAUCUGUCCAAUCAGCAGCUAGAAAGAACCCUUACUAUGAUUUCAUUGGCUAGUCAGUUGACAGAGGAAUCACUACACCUUGGUCUGUUACCAGAUAGUAUAUUUGACACAUUUGCUGUCCUGAAUUCCCGAGCUAUGUCUGAUAUGAGCCACGGGGAGGACGAGUAUAGUUUGGAUGAUAAUAUGUCAGCGUAUAAUACAGGAGCCGAGUUCCUCAGACCUAUAACCAAAAUGUCCGUCGAAAACCAGAAUAUGACAGCGUUCCUGCAAGAGUUAUCUCACCAUAGUUUGAAAUCUCUGCCACCAUUAGGUGGUGUUCUUACAUCGUCUCAGUCACAACGACCAUACAUCGGAGAAGCUACCUUCUCUUCAAUAGACAAAUACAAACCACCGUCUGCUCCACAGCGAAUGGUCUCCUACCUAGAUGACAGGGACACGACCUUUGACACAGAGGCUACCAUGGGAACUAUGUCUCGAGUCAAUACAUUGACCUCUUUUUUACCAAAGAUCAAACCAGAUUCAAGGAAGCACACCAAAAUUCUAAGGUCAAGGGGCGUUGAUGUUCAAACCUUUGAUUAUCAUGACAUGGAGACCCAGACCUCUCCACCUCCAGAACAACAACCACAGUCUGUACAAACAAAGCCAGAAUCCCCCGAGUCUGUUAGAGAAUCGUCAGCCCUCAGUCGAGCCUCUUUACGGAGUCAGUAUAAAGCUAAAUUAGAGGAAACUCGCCAGGCUGUUGAAGAAAGAAGGUCCAAUACUCCUGCCAUUUCUAUACCUUCACCAAGGUCCCUGGAGGAAGAUCAACUGAUUGAGGAUGAAGAUGAUGAUGUGGCUCUGCCUGAUGAUUUUAAAGAUGGAAGAAGUCGAGAGGCAACAAUGGAUGUGGCUACUUCUCCUCCUCUAGACAAAAGAGAUUCUAUUACAAGAUAUUCAACUAAACCUGAUGACCCAGUUAUACAAGAAUAUCUAAAGACUUACGAUAGUAUUAUAAGCUUCAGGGAUGCUCUUAGUAAAAUAUUACUGGAUAAAGAAAUGUUACAAGCUAGUCAAGUAUUAACUGAAUUAGAGACUGCUAGAUUUGAUAGAGAUGACAAACUGGAACCACAAGUGGAGAUGAUGACAUCAAAUGCUUAUUACUUAUUUGAAGAGAUAAUAGCAGUUUUAGGCAGUAUUUUAUAUACAGAAGAGAGGGAGCCGGUAGUGUCCUCUAUGAUGAUAUCAAGAGAGGGAACAAAACCAAUGACAAGAGAAAAAUCAGGCGAUUCCCUCAGAGGAGCAUUACGUCAGAGUCGUGUAUCUUCUGUCGCGAGUCAAGGGCUAGAUAAAGGUCUUCUAAAUGAAUUACAAGAUAAUUAUACAAAACUACAAAAACAGUUUGAGGGCGAAUCAAAGAAACAUGAAGAACAGAUCAGACAUAACACAGUUGUUAUGAUGGAAAUGCAGGAUACCAUUAAUGAACUACAACGAGAACUCGGUAACCUGGGAAGGUCUGCUAGUCGUAUACGACAAAGUUCUGACUUGGCCACACCCCAGGGAGUAGCAGAGUCUGCUAUCAUGUUUACAAGACUGGAUUCUGAAAGAAAUGCCAAAAUAAUGAAGAGAGCUGUCAAUGACGAGAAACUGGAUCCAGAUCAGUAUAAAGAUGCUGUGUCCAAAAUGGAGGAUUAUGUCAGUAUACCCGCCAAAAGAUUAGCUCAUCUUGUCAGAAAAUAUGUACAUCAUUGUAGAAUGAAGGAAAUAGAAGAAAAUGUAAAGAAGAGUAAGAGUUUAGAUGAGAAUGUGUUUGAAGUUUUGGAUAAGAUGGAAAAUUUUCAGAAUAAGAGGGCCAAACAAUGGGCUGAUGGUAUGGACCACAUGGGCAAUGAUCGACUACGAUUUGCUAACAUAUUAAUGGAGACAUUAGAGAAUAUAGAACAACAGUCCGGAAUCUUCCUUAUUAAACCCAUGUACUCAUUCAAGGGGAGGGAUACAAUAAACAUUCCAGAUUACUUACGAGACAUCAAAGAAAGAUAUGCAGGCAAACUUGCCCGGCCAAUGAGACCACAGAGAAACAUUUCGCCCGCAAGAGAGAUCAGCUCGUUUGCCCCAGCACCAACUCCUGCAUCUAAUAUCAGGGGCCUAACAAGGGGGCAUGUUAGUUCUAGCCUAAUGCAGGCACCUGAAGAAGAAGUCCGCCCGGAACCACUGCGUCCUCUAGUGGGAGACGAUAGUGGUAUAACAGGGGCAGGAAUGGUUUGGGUUGGCUCUGUACCAAGGUCUACGUGGAAUAUUGGUUCUUCCCAGGUACGGGCCAUUGAUGACCUUCAGAAUCCAAAUAUGAUGAACACACCUAGAAUAUUAGAAUUAGAUAUAAAUAGAAUGAUGAUUGGUCAGAAUAAUAUUAGUACCAGAAUUACCUCCCCUGGGGUGUCAGACGACAGACUUGUUAAUGCAUCACAGAACAAUUUACGAUCCUAUGUAACGGUCAAUCGUCCAGCACCAGCGCCAGGACAAGCUAGACCAUCAACUUUCUCUAGUGUUAAAGACAAUGUUCCGCCAUCAUCACCAACAGCACAUCAAUACACACCAUCACCGUCAGUACAGAAACGUGUACGUAUGUCGGACGGAGAUGUUGGUCGAGCAAUAAACAGUACACCACCCCUGCCUCCAAUAUCUGGUGGCUCAAGAGGCAGACAUUCACCAGAAGAGACGAAUAUAUCUACAGCCUCCCUCCAACCACAAGUGCUAGAAGUUGUCUCCCCUUUAAAAUGAAUUACUUCCCUUUGAACUGACUUGUAUUAACAAUUGUAUAAUGCAUUUACAAAUGUGAGAUAUAUUGAAUUAUAAGCGAAAUGAUAAAAGAAGUAAAUUUACUUUUUAUAUAAGUCUUAAGUUUAUAAGCUCUAAAUAUUCAGUGCGUUAUAACUACUUUCUUCAAUUUCGAUAAAUUUUGUUUCUCAUUAUAUAUGCAGAAUAUUUGAAAAUUGUAUUGCGUCUUUUAAGAGAUAAUUUAAAAAGAUUUGUUUCUAUUAGAUGUAAAAGUAAAAAACAGAUUAUUGUUAGAAACUUUGAUAAAAAAGAAUUGAAAGUGAAAGUAAGAAGCAUAGGAGUGUUUAUCCUUGUAAUUACUUCCCUUUUCACUUCUUUACCUAAUGGUAACUUUGGCUGUAAGCUAUAAAAAGAACGCAUAUUUCCUCAAUAGUAACAUUAUAUAUUCUUAUUUAUUAUGAUGCACUAUAAAAAGACCAAGUAAAAACCUAUAUUUAUUUUUGCAUUAUUUUAUGAACAAACUCCCGUAUUUUUUGUUAACUUUAUGUUUAUUGGUCAGAGUAGUGAUAUUUUAUAUUAAAAGAAGAAUUAGAUUAUAAAAAAUCCGUCCAGAUUGAAGAUAUGUUUUAUGAUAUCAAAUGUUUUUUUGCUAGAAUUUUAUUUUAGAGAGUUAUAUAUUUUAAGAUUUUUUUUCAUAUAUUUUAAGUGCUUUACUGAGGGUUCACUGGUACUUUUAAACUUAAGAAUGUUGGUCAUUUCAGAUUAUUUGCAAUCUAAUGAAAAGCAUGUAAAUCGACAACUUUCGAGUCCGUUGCAUUUCCGUCAAAAACUUUAGUUUUAGUGAACACCAUUCUUACGUUUAGGGUGAGAUUUCACUUCUGUUCCUAUGUUGAGCAAUAGGUUGAAAAAAUGAUUAUGCUACAUUAGACAAAUUAUACGGCAAAUUAAAUUCUUAUAAUUAAUUUUGAAAAAAAAGAAUUUCUAGUAUAUCCUGAUUAAUGACCAGCGCAAAGACGCUUGAUGAACUUUAAUCAUACAUGCGAUUCCCUUCAUCUGGUAAAUGAUGUCAUAAAGGUUCACAAAUUUAACGAAAUUUUUCCAAUGAUGGAAAUAACACCAAGUUGUCUAUUCUUAACCAUGUCAUUAAAUUUAUUAAUCAUAGUGACUCUGACGGGAUGUCAAAUUUAAACUAAAAAAAUCAUAACUUCAACUUUGAUAAUUUUUCUGAUAACAUGGAAUACUGUUCUAAUUGUCAAAAAAAUGUAGAAAAACUUAUGGAAUCUUAUGAAGAGUUAUAUAAAUAAGGCCUAGAUUGAGUUUACACAAUGUAGAAAAUGGAUUUUAACAAUAGAGAGAAUUUUGAUUGCUUUAAA